AUGGUGUACGAUAUUCAUAAUCCAUUGGCAGUUUCUUUGCCUCAUAUGUUUACUAAUCCAAAUGAUUAUCCUACAGAAGCUAUGGCUAAUCGAUUUCAAGCUUGGAGAUCUAUUGUAAAAGAUUUAGUUAAUUAUCUUAAAGAAUAUGCCAGUGUUCAAGAAGAAAUCUUAAGACAACAAGUACGAUUACAACAUGCUGUUGGAAUAUCUGCAAAAACUCCUACAGCAAUAAGUCAAACUAAUUCAAAUUCAAAUUCUCAUCAUAAUACAAGUAGUAGUGCAAGUAUAUUAAAUGAUUCAACUACAAGAGAUGAUUUAAUUGCAAUUAAUAAAUUCUUUUUACCAAUUGGUAAUGGAUCAAUUCAAGAUUUACCAACAAUUUUAACUAAAUAUCAUCAAUUAAAUGUAACUAAUGCAACUAAAACUUUAAAAGAUAUAACACAUAUUAUAAUACCAAAAUUAGAAGAAUUAAGAAAAGAUUUAUUAGUAAAGAUUAAAGAAAUUAAAAAUUUACAAAAUGAUUUUAAAACUUCUUUAGGUAAAGAAAUUCAAGAAUCAAGAAGUUUAUUAAAUCAAUAUAAUCAAGCUAUUGAAUUAUCUAAUAAAUUAGACCAUAGUAGUUCAAGUUUAACUAGUCAUCAUCAUACUAAUGAUGGUAGAGAUGGUUCAAUUGAUCAUAGUAAUGGUGGUAGAUAUGAUCCUUAUCUUAUUAAAUUAAAAUUAGAACGUCAAUUAAAGAAACAAUUGGGUGAAGAAAGUUAUCUUUAUGAAGCUUAUCUGAAUUUACAAAAUUCAGGAGGUAAAUUAGAAUCAAUUAUUGUUUUAGAAAUUCAAAAUUAUUUACAAAUGUUUUUAAAUUUAGUUGGUACUGAAAAUUCAUCAUUUUCAACAGUUUUAUUUCCAAAUUUAUCUAAUGGAUUUUUAUCAAAGGAAGCAACUUUUGAAUGGGAAGCAUUUAUUUCAAGAAAUUUACCUUCAACUUCUUCAUCUGCUGUUUCUGCUGUUGGUAAUUCAUCUUCAAGUAUUAAAAAUGGUACAUUUAUUGAUCUUUCAAUUCCUCAAAGAAAAUUUUCUGAUUUACAUAUUGGACAUUUUGAUUCAGCUUUAAAUAUUUCUGUAAGAGAAGGUUAUUUAGAAAGAAGAUCUAAAUAUUUAAAGAGUUAUUCAAGUGGUUGGUAUGUUUUAACUUGUAAUUAUAUUCAUGAAUUUAAAACUCCUGAUAGAAAGAAAGAUCAACAACCAGUUAUGUCAUUAGCUUUAGAUUCUUGUAGUGUAUCUGAUCAUUCAAAAGAUGAUGGAAAAAAUGGUGGAGCUUAUAAAUUUAUUUUAAGUUCUAAACAACCAAAUGGUUUAAUUCAUAGAAGUCAUAAUUUAGUAUUUAGAGCUGAUACUUAUCAAACAAUGAUUGGUUGGUAUAAUGAUAUUAAAAAUUUAACUUCUUUACCAACUCCUUCAGCAAGAGCAAGAUUUAUUGCUAAAAGAAAUAAAUUAAUUGGUACUGAUGAAAAUAAACCUAAUACAAGUAAUAGAACAAGUACUGAUAAAUUAAUUGCUACUACUAGUGCUGGAUCUAAAAUUCUUUCAUCAGCUUCAAGUGUUUAUUCAGGUAAUUCAAUUAAUACAGGAGCUUCACCAAUUAAAGGUAGUGGUAGUGUAACAUCUACUAGACAACGUCCAUUAUCUCAAGCUACAUCUAUAUUAAAUGCUAAUAGAUUAUCUUCAACCUUUUCACAAAAGAAUAGUCAAUCUCCAAGAUUAACUAAUAUGAUUAAUAGUGAUGGAACAAUCAUUACCCCUCAACCACAACCACAACCAUCGAAUACUCAAUAUUUCCCUCCAGCUUCAGCUAUUCCUGUGGGACAACAACAACAACCAUUCUUAACUCCAUCAGGAUAUCAAUACUACAUUCCUCAACCAGGACAACAACUUCAGCAAUUUUAUGACCCAAUCCAACAACAAUACUUUACAUUAACUCCAACAGUCCCUGCUCAAGCUUCAACCAAUCAUCCACAACCUCAAUUCUUCCCAUCUUCCCCCACUUCUAGUAAUCCUCCUCAAUUCCCUCAACAACAGCAACUGCAACAGCAACUGCAACAAUCUCAACAAGCUCAACAAUCUCAACAACAAGGUCAAGGACAACCCCUUGGAACUCCAACUUAUUCCAUUAAUACAGCUAAAUAUUUCCCAGUAUAUGCACCUCAACCUCAACCAGGUCAAGGAUUUGGUGAAGCAUUACCAUAUCCUGCAGGUUUACAUCCUGUAGAAACUUAUGGAUCUGUAACUCAAAGUCGUACGCAAUCUUUACAAAGUGGAGGAGGACAACCUCAACAAAUUAAUGAAUCUAAAGUUAAUAAUGGAGGAGUUAAUGAUGAUAUAUCUACUUUACAAAGUGGAUUAGCCAAUGCCACUAUAAGUCAAGAUAUCGAAAAUAAUGGUGAUAGUAAUGGUAAUGGAGAAGCUCAUCAAGUUAGUAAUGAAACUAAUGGUGAAAAACAAGAUUAGUAUAUAAUGUUUAUUAUUUAUUUGAAUAUAUAUUAAUAUUAUGCAUAUAAUUUACAAAUGAGGAUAGAUAGAGUAAAGAAUUGUAAAAUAAAGAUAAUGUGUGUAUUAUAUUAUAUUAUGUUAUAUGAUAUUAUAUGGAACAGUUCAUAAACUAUGACAUUGUCUUAAAC